GGUGUCGCCUCUAUCACGCUAAGUUCCGCUUAGGUUUUCAUCUUCCGGUUUCUGUGGCAGGGAGCGGCAGUAGCUGCUCCUGGCAUCUCCUUUCUCCGUAUCGGCUAAUUCUUUUUUGCUUAAGUUAUUCGAAGGGUUUUCAUGCGUUUAAGUUGCGAUAAUGGCAAAGACAAAAAAUCGAACCGUUUUCUUAGACAUAUCUUUUGAUGGUGGAUCUCCCAAAAGAAUGGUCUUUGAGCUCUUUUAUGAUGUUGUCCCCAAGACUGCAGAAAACUUUCGUGCACUCUGCACAGGUGAAAUGGGUAUAGGCCGCACAACAGGGAAACAACUUCAAUAUAAAGGAUCAAUUUUUCAUCGUAUUAUUGGAGGAUUCAUGGCACAAGGAGGAGAUUUUUCGAAACGUGAUGGAACUGGUGGAGAGAGCAUCUAUGGUGGAAAAUUUGCGGAUGAAAAUUUUGUUCUUCGCCAUGAUGGUCCAGGACUUCUUUCAAUGGCAAAUGCUGGACGUGACACAAAUGGUUCCCAGUUCUUUAUCACUUUUAAGGCCACUCCCCACCUUGAUGGGAAGCAUGUUGUCUUUGGAAAGCUUAUCCUGGGACAUGAAGUUUUGAGAAAGAUGGAGCGAGUAGAUGUUGAUGAUAGUAGGCCGGUUUUUCCAGUAAAGAUAGUUGAUUGUGGUGAAUUUGAUGAUGAAAAAUUCAAAGGAGCACUUGCUGCUGAAAAUGACAAAAAGAAGGGCAAGUCCAAGUUGGGCAAGGAUGUAUCUUCUGAUGGCAAUACCGACGAGGGAAGGCGGAAAAGGAAGCGUAAAAAAGCUAACAAAGGGAGAAAAAGAAGGAAAAGAAGAAGAUACUAUUCUUCGGAUUCUGACAGUUCAUCUGAUUCGGACACUGAACUUUCCGAUACUGAUAGCGAGACAAGUUCUUACUCUUCUUCGAGUGAUACUACUAGUUCAAGUGAUGAGAGGUAUAGGAGAAGGAAAAAACAUUCAAGGCGUGACAAGUACAAGCGGGCAAAAAGAAAAAGAGAUAAGAAACGAGAGAAGAGACGGAGAAGACGCACCAAAAGAUCAAGGCACAAGUCAAGAAGGUAUUCAGACAAUGACACUGAAACAGAGAGCUCUAGUGAGACGAGUUCCAAGGAAGGUGGAGAUAACAGACAUGGACGGGUGCGGAAGUCUCAUUUGCCAUCUCAUAGUUCAGCUGAAAAUCAGACCAACAUAAUCUCAGAGAAAGAAGUUACUACUAUUCAUCCAACACUUGAAGAUUCCAUUUUGAAUCCUUCAGUGGAUUUAGCUAAAGCCUCUAAAGAGAAUGGGGAGCUGCGCAUCAAUGGCAUCACAGAAGCAAAAUCUGAUAGAAGUGCAGAUUUUCCGCCUGCAGUUGGUGACAAACAUAUCAAAUCUAGGAGCCUUAGCAGGAGUCCAAAGAAAUCUAUGAGCAAGAGCAUGAGCAUAAGUCCCAGAAGUCAAAGCAAAAGUCCACGUGAAAUACCCAAGAGGUCCAUUAGCAGGAGUCCUCCUGGAAGUCCCAGUAGAAGCCCGGGUCAUGCAUCUCAAAGAGCUUUUAUCAGAAGUCCAGUUAGAAGUAUAAGCGGAAGCUCUGAUAGAAGCAUCAGCAAAAGCCCGCAUAUGGUCAUGAGCAGAAGCCCCGGCAGAGGCAUCAGCAGAAGUCCUCCUAGAAGUGUCAGCAGAAGUUCGAUCAGGAGAAGCAUUAGCAGAAGUCCUAUAAGGAGGAGCUUAAGUCGAAGUCCAGUUCGAAGGACCAAAAGUCCAGUUGCACGUAGCAGAAGUCCUCUAGAAGUUCGUCGUAGAAGCAUUAGUAGAAGCCCUGCAAGGUCUCUGCCUAGAAGAAGUGAUAGCAGGAGCUCUGGAAGGGCCCCUGCUCGAUUGAGUGUAAGCAGAAGCCCUGUUAUACAUGAAAGGCACAGCAUCAGCAGAAAUUCAUUGAGAUCUGCACGGAGGAAGAGUAUCAGUAGGAGCCCUGUGAAAUCCUCUCAUAGAGCUACUAGUAGAAGCCCAUUGAAGGACACUCGUAGAAGCACAAGCAGAAGUCCUGCAAGAUCAGCUGGGAGAGUCACAAGUCGAAGUCCAACAAGGCAGAGAUCCCGAAGAAGUUUGACUAGAAGUCCUGCUAGGAGGAGUUUGUCAAGAAGUGCUUCCCUGGAUGGAUCACCCAAGCGCAUCAGAAGAGGGAGAGGUUUCAGUCAGCGUUAUUCUUAUGCAAGGCGGUAUCGCACCCCAUCUCCAGACCGUUCCCCUGUCAGAUUACAUCGAUAUGGUGGAAGGAGUGAGAGGGAUAGAUAUUCAAGCUAUAGAAGUUACCGUGAUCGAUCUCCGCCUAGGAGAUAUAGGACCCCUCUCAGAUAUAGGGCUAGAAGAAGUCGAAGCAUUUCGAGAAGCCCUAUCGGUUACCGUGGCAGACCCAAAGGUGGAUACAGUCGUAGCCCUAUACGCAGUCGCUCACCCCCAUCAGAGAGGCUCAGAUCUCAUGGUAACUUCCGGGAUGCAUCUCGUUCUGAGAAACAGAGAUCAAUUUCUCCAAGCAGGAGUCCCUCUGGAUCACGGUCCAGGUCUAAAUCGCGGUCCUCUCCUGAUACUCCAUCUCCUAAGCCAGGCAGCAAGGAGAAAUCUAUGUCUAGAUCUCCGUCAAGCAGUCCUCGUGAUGGGAAGAAAGGUUUGGUUUCUUAUGGUGAUGGCUCCCCUGAUUCUGCCGGGCAGAAGUGAGGGCUUCAGGCAUCUGUAGUAGUUUUUACUCUUUUUAUGGAGAGAGAACGAUUCCUGGAUCCAUUUAAUGCUUGUUUAGUGCCUGUUGUUUCUAGGAAAUCUAUUUCUGGAUUGGUCUGUCCUGACUAAAUAUGCUCUGUUACUGAUCUGUAUGUUGGUACUUUUUUGUUCGACUGUCUUCAUAUUUGUAGGAUCUGCUUUUAUAAUUCUGGUGUUAUUUCUACUCCA